GUCUGUGACGUCCGCGCUGUGGGUAUAAAAGGUGAGAGUCAUGCGGCAGCGCCAUUCCAGCCUGGGGUUUGAGGUUUUUUUUUCCUCUUCUUUUGGGCGAAGACGACCGGGGAAAGAAGUCUCCCUCUCUCUCUCUCUACCUUGUCUUGGGGGUGUGUGUGUGUGUGUUUGUGUUUGUGAGGACAACAAAAGCAAAACAGCCGCCACCUCACCAAAAACAAAAAUCCUUUUCAUGAUUUUUCUUGUUUGAGGAACUCUCGGGACACUUUUUUUCUUCUACCCCCUUCCAAAAAAAACCCAGCCAAAAUUUGCUAUUGUUCCGAAAAAGGAGAGAGAAAAAAUAUCAAGCAAAAAAAAACCGACCUCUACUUUACCCAUAAGCUCAUUUUGAAACAAAAUAUGCUGAUUUCUUUGCAAAAGUAGCCAUGAAGGUCUCUUUAACAAAAAAAUUGUGUUGUGUUUGCACAUAAAAAAAAAAGCUCGAGGCGCUGAAGGAGAGUUUGAUAGGUAAUUGAUACAAUGGGUUCGGGGCCUGUAGAUCCAAAAGAGCUCCUAAUAGGGUUGGACUGCCUCCUUGGUAAAGAUGGGGAAAUUAAAAGUGGCGAUGGUGUCAUUAGAAUUUACAGAUUGAUGAAGGAAUCAAAAAAGUUAGUCAGCAGAUGUAUGUACUUAAACAUUCUGCUACAGACCAAGUCUGAGGAUAUCCUAAAUCAGUUCAUCAGCAUUGGUGGUUACAAACUGCUGAAUAAUUGGCUGGCCUAUUCCAAAACUGGCAGCAAUGUGUCAUUGUUGCAGCAGAUUCUGCUGGCGUUGCAGUUGUUACCACUCAAAGUGGACCAUUUGAAACAGAAUAACACUGCCAAGAUAGUGAAGCAGUUGAGCAAGACGUUUGAGGAUGAAGAGCUCAGGAAGUUGGCACAGGUUUUGGUCAACCAUUGGAUGACUCUCAUUCGAUCUCAGAGUUUGGGCCCUGGAAUGAUAGAAAAACUUCCAGAGAAAAGGAAGCGGAAAGAUGAAGGAAAGGUUCGAGCGCCAGAUUCCGAGAGAGUCCCAGAACCCAAAUCAGACCUCCGAGAGGAGGUGAAGGAGGAAGAAAUAGAGAUGAAACGAGAGAAGCCCAAAUCAUUGCGGACAACGGCCCCCAGUCACGCCAAGUUCCGGUCCACAGGUCUGGAGAUGGAACCAGCAGCUCCCGUUCAGCCAAAAAAGAUCAUCCCUGGUCCAAUCAUUUCUGACAAGUACAACAUCAAGCCAGCACCUCUCAAACGACCAAACACGUCUUUAACAAGCAAUGCUGCGCCGCAAGUGGAAAAGAAGUACAAACCGUUAAAUGUGACGCCCAACACUACCAAGGAAAUCAAAGUCAAGAUCAUUCCUCCUCAACCCAUUGAGAGUACCGGCUUCUUGGAGGCACUCAACUCUGCUCCAGUACAUGGGCAAAAAAUCAAGAAGAAGAAGAAGAUGACAUCACCAACCAGCAUCAAGUCUAAUCCCUUUGAUCCGAAAGCCAGCCCUGAACAGAGCAGCGCCAAGCCGGCCUCUCCAGAUGCUGCCAACAUUGAGCCCAUGGAUGUGGAGAGGGCAGCCACACCUAUACCGCUGGAGGAGGUGUCCGAGCCCAUGAAGAUCACAACGGCGGAAGAGGACAACCCGGCAUCCGUGUCUGUGUCGGUGGCCGAGCCCUCUGUCCCCGAGGCAGCGCCAGAAGUGACCAAAUUAACCAAAAAGGGGAAGAAGAGGAAGACUGUGUCAUGGCGCGAGGAUUCCAUGCUGCGAGAUUAUUUCUACUUCGAGCUGGACGAAACGGAGAGAGUCAACGUGAACAAGGUUAAAGACUUUGGUGAAGCUGCCAAGCGUGAUAUGAUGAUGGACCGGCAGGCGUUUGAGAACCAUCGCAGGAUAAGCACCGACACGAUGGAAGAGAAGGUCCCAUGGACCUGCCCGAUCUUAAUCAACCUGGGCCCUCAGCUGGCAGAGCGUGGAAGCUGUAGUCAGGAGAAGUACAUUCAAGGCGAACGAGAGAAAGGAAUCCUGCAGGAAAUCUUCCUGUCGAAAGACUGCGUUCCAGACAGUCCCCAUGAACCUGACCCCGAAUCCUACGAAACCAUUCCGCCCAAGGUCAUUCCACUGGAUGAUGAGAAUGGAGUCGAGGAGAUUUUGUAUGAAGAGCCGCUGCAGCCCGUCAUUGGCUUGCACUCCCCGGAUGGUUCUGGAAGCUCCAAGCUGCCUCCAGUGUUGGUCAACCUGAUGGGCAGCAUGGGCCUGGUGAAGGCACAGCAGGCUGGCGUGAAUCCCAACUCCGGCAUCAACGUCCAGGAACUCCUCACCUCCAUCAUGAGCAAUCAAAAGCCCAUCGAGGAGUUGGUUAAACAGCCAGAGUUUUCGGAUAAAAUCAAGCAGCUACUUGGGCCCCUGCAGCAGCAACAAGCCCCUCCAGGCCAACAGAUGAUGGGCCCUCCUCCAGUGAUGAAUGGCUUCCCGCCAGGCCCCAACAACAUGCCCCACUUCCCACCUGGUGGUCCCGGUGGUCCGGGCGGCCCCUACCCAGGUCCCCAUGGUCACAGUGGCCCCCGGACGAUGGGCCCCCCUCAGCAGCGCGACAGCUACUGGGAGCCCCCCGGCGACAACAACAACAACAACAACAUGAGGGGCCCCCCUCACGGCAUGCGCGGGGGCCCCUACUCGCGAGGCCGGGGCCGCAACAACGACCAGGCCUUCAGGGGCCGCUGCAGCCGAGGGCCGCACUCCCACGGAGGGGGGAGAGGAGGACAUGGCAAUGGCAACCACAGUGGAGACAUGUCAAACAGACCUCGGUGCCGGCACUUCAUGAUGAAGGGCAGCUGCCGCUACGAGAUCAACUGUGCCUUCUACCACCCGGGAGUGAACGGGCCCCCACUGCCCUGAUGGCCAGGGGCCACCUGCCCGCCCGCCUGAUGGACAAAGCAGUCAGUCGCUCUGAGGCCACGUGUGGAGAGCAGCAGAGUGUUGUGGCUGUGCCAGGCACUCUGACUUGUGUGGAGACAGGCCCGUGACGUUGGCUGGAGUCAGCGCACCCCUCUCUCCCCCUCUCUCUCUCUCUCUCUCUCUCCCUCUCUCUCUCUCUCUCUCUCUAUCCUGUGGAAAGUUUGAAGAGUCGCCGGCCGUUCUCUGCUCUGAUCUCCCAUCAGCGUCUACACAGGCUCCAGGACGAUGAGACUGGAGGGGCAUUAGCAUGGGAUUUAGACCACUACAAUGUGACACUGGACCUCGCUCGCUGCCCCCACUGCCCCUGCCUCCGUUCCCCUUCCUGUUUGCCUCUGUGAGGCUCAUCACGGCCGCUUUGAAUUGCAGCUGAACUCUGAAGGGGAGGACAACUAAAACUGCUUUAUCCACCCCCCCCCCCACCCCCACUACUGGCGAGUCUGCUCCAAAUACUACUUCGGACAAGGACGCACACCCCUCUGCCCACUCGGUCGGUCCCUGCAACGGGUGGCGAUGCAGAGAGGAACACUAGCUCGCUCCUCUUCCCCGCCCUCGUAUCAGAAGCAAGCGGAGACAGAGACAGCGUGUGGCACACCCCUCCCCCAUGGACCAGGCAACUACUGAACACUUCUACCUCUGCAACAAGUGCCAGCCAGCCAGUGAUUCCCACUGCAUCAGAAGCCCAGCCACCCUUCCCCAACACCUUUGGACUUUUGCUUUCUGCUGCGUGGGGGGUGGAGGGGAGGAGGAGAAGAAAUCCACGAGUUUGAGCCCAUGCUCCGUAGCAAGUGGCCUCAAUGGCAUCUCUCCUCGCCCGCUCUCUUUGUGACACAAGUGCUGACAGCCUCCCUGCAGUGGCUGAAAUAUUUGUUUCCAACUAUUUUUGUAAAUAUCUAUUUUGUAAUAAAAGGCGGCUGACUGGCGCUGGGGGGUGGGGGGUGUCCUCUGGCCCAGAGUGUGGCUUGUAGGUCAGCAGACAAGUCGCUGCGUGCAAUGUCCUUCAUCUGCCGGCCCCUUUAACAGGGCUGACCUCCCGCUGCAGUCGUCUGCUGCCGAUCCUGCCCACCAAAGUUCACAAUGUUCGCCCUUCCCCCCUCCAGCCCAGAGUAGCUGGGUAUAAGCACUUGCUUGCAGUACUGAAGGUGGCCGGUCACUGGUACACACCCUGGGGACAAUGAUACCGCCCGCUGGUGUUGGCAGUAUAAUAAACUAGAGGCUGCGUGUGGAGUUCUGCCAUCACAAGAUACUGUGACAAGCAAGUGAUGGCUUUAACAUUGAAGUAACCCUCGCCCCUCUCUGGGUUUUAUUUUAGUUCUCAGCGUUGUUCCCUCUUGCUGUCAGCCCAGGGGGUGGUUAGUCAACAUCUCUCAGCCCCCCCCGGGAAUAAACCUCACCUGGUCAGCUCUGAACAUCUACAAUGUUUAUGGGGGGAUUACCAGGUAGCUUCUUCCAUGCAAGAUGCUUGGCUUCCUGUGAAAGGCUAAGACUUAGAUUAAACUGAGACUAAGAUUGUUGCCCCUAUUUUUCUUUAUUUUGAAAGCCCAACGCACUUGAGUUUAACUUUAGAGGGAGCAAGUUUAUUACGUUUGUUCCCAGCAAAACGGAUUUUUGGAUUGUUCCCCCGACCAGCCGACCGACCGACUGAGUGAUGUGCCGACAGACUUUUGUGUCCCGUUACAGAUGGGCUUUGUAAAUAAAGCUUCCAUACCCAGAGUGUUGCUGGGUACCUCGGGGGAGGAGUGUGACUGUUGGGAGGGAGUGGUGGGUGAAGCAGGCAGCCUCGUGCAGCAGGCCAGCCAGCCAGCCAGCCAGCCAGGAGGGCAGGAGGCGAGCAUGCAGUGGAUCAGCUACCUGUCCACAUUGCACUAACACCACCAUAAUCUCCAGAGUGGGGGCCCCUUUCCUUCAGAACCUUGUUUAAUUUUACAGAUGUAUAUGUUCGAUGUUUGUCCAUUUUGUUCCCUUUUAUAUAAAUAUAUAUAUAUAUAUUCAAGAAAAAAACCCCAUCAGAACAGAUGUGGUGUCAAUGGCUGCUACUGAUCAUUUUACAGCUCACCGGUUUUCUUUUGAACAAAUGGAUAUUGUACAGUUUUGUCAUUGUGCUUAAAAAAUAUAAAUAACCAGGAAGUUUUUUUAAAAUAAACCAAUUAAAAGUAUUUUGAAAAUGGCCUUGUACUGGUGUAUAUACCUUUGUGGCAAUGUGAUAUUCAGGAACGGCUUGCUGCUGGAUCAGUGAGUGAUGCAUCAACCUGCUGCUAGUCUCUUUGGAGGCACCAACUGUUAGGGAUUGUUGUUGUUCUUGACUUUGUGUGUGAAAUCAGUUCUAUCUUUUGUAUGGUAUUUGCUACUUUUAUAUUUUAAUAAUAAAAUAUUGAAACCA